AUGCAAACGAUAAAGUGCGUGGUGGUCGGUGAUGGUGCCGUGGGUAAAACCUGUUUGUUGAUCUCGUACACAACUUCCAAAUUCCCUGCCGAUUACGUGCCUACGGUUUUCGAUAAUUACGCGGUGACGGUAAUGAUUGGUGACGAGCCAUUUACCUUGGGGUUGUUUGAUACCGCGGGACAGGAGGAUUAUGACCGGUUGAGGCCGUUGUCGUACCCUUCUACUGAUGUGUUCUUGGUUUGCUUCUCUGUGAUCGCACCCGCCUCAUUUGAAAACGUCAAGGAAAAAUGGUUUCCCGAGGUGCAUCACCACUGUCCCGGAGUGCCAUGUCUCAUAGUGGGCACACAGACCGAUUUGCGUAACGAUGAAGUGAUUUUGCAAAGACUACAAAGACAAAAGUUGUCACCCAUCACUCAUGAAAUGGGAGACAAACUUGCCAAGGAAUUGAGAGCGGUCAAAUAUUUGGAAUGUUCAGCAUUGACCCAGCGCGGGUUGAAGAGUGUGUUUGACGAGGCGAUCGUGGCGGCAUUGGAGCCGCCUGUGAUCAAAAAGUCCAAGAAAUGUACCAUCUUAUAA